AUGUCUGGUUAUAAGGAUUCGAAGUUUGAUGAGAAGGAGUUCGAUAAGAUGGGAUUAAAGUACUUGGAAAAAAUCAAAUUUGAAAAGCUCAAGUGUUCAAGGGCUGCUCGGAGGAUGGCUCAAAUAACGAAGUGGGCGAUACGAGUAGUGACCGUACUGCUGAUAUUGGCAUGUGCAUGGCAGCUAGCGGAAAUAAGAGGGGCGUUGAAGCCGAGGGUGGCGCACGGGCAACGGUUGUUGUCUUCUUCUUUUGCACCGGAAAGUGAGUGUAUUAUGCUUCUCAAGUAUGGUGUCUCCGCAUGA